AUGCCUCAGCCUACCCAGAAAUUUUUAGAAGAAACUCAACAUUUUCUCAGAGUGCUUAGUGAUUUAAACGGAGAUCUAAUCUACGUUUCUGAUCCGAUUUACGCAGCAGUCUCAAAUAUUAUUUGUUCCAUUGCUUUAGGGGAAAGAUUUGAAUACAAUGACGUGGAAUUCAAAAAAUUGAUAAACGUGAUGUAUGAGUUAUUGGCCAAUCAGAACAUUCCUGCUAUUAAUCUAAUUCCUGUUCUACAGUAUCUUCCGGGCGAUAUUUUUGGGGCAAAACAUGAAGAUUUCCCUAUAGCUGUGUUUGAGUUGUUCGGUGCUGGCACAGAUACUAUAUCAAAUACUCUAACAUGGUCAGUAUUAUGUCUUCUGAAAAACCCAGAUGUUCAAGAUCGAAUGAGAGAUGAGAUGUUCUGUACUAUUCCUACCGAUAGGCCACCAACAAUGGCGGAUAAAUUAAAUCUACCGUUCUGUGAAGCUGUAAUUGCUGAAACACAGAGACUUGCAAAUAUUUUGCCUUUUGCACUUCAACGCGCAGCUACCGAAGACGUGAUGAUUGGCAAAUUUAAAAUUUUGAAAGGAUCUUUCGUCAUACCAAAUUUGUCAUCAGAAGCACAUGAUGAAGAGCUGUUUCCAGACUACCUUAAGUUUGACCCAUUGCGAUUUAUAGAUAAACAAGGAAAGUUUUAUGGUCAGGAAAGAAAUGUUCCAUUUUCACUAGGAAAACGAUCGUGUCCGGGAGAAUCUCUCGCCAGAAUGGAAUUGUUUCUUUUCAUCACUUCAAUUGUAAAGAAGUUUCGUAUUCUACCAGACACAGAUGGUAUAUUCCCAUCAUCAAAGGGACAGUUAGGAAUUGCAUAUGUUCCAAAUCCGUUUAAAGUUCGUUUUGUUGAGAGAAAUUAAAGUUAACCAUAAAAUUCAAUGUAUAUUCAUAAACAGCCAGCUUAUUGUAUUUCUCUUUGUAAAUGUAUUUUUAUGUGUGUAUAAGAUUAUAUAUAACUCGUCUAAACA